AUGGUCUACAGUAGCCAUGCUCCAUCCAGGGGCCUGAGCUGGGCCCUUCGGCUGACUCUCUGUAUGCUCCUGGGGAUCCAUGGGCUGAGUCACCCCCUCCCAGCCCAGCGCCAGGGACAACACAGACCAAUCGCCUGGGACACCAAGGAGGCUGCGUUGAGCCUGGACCGGCUGAACUGGACAGAGACGGACACAUCACGGGAACUCAGCUCGGGGCUCCUUCCAAACCCAUGCAGGCCCGUGAGCUCGGGGUGCAAGAACUUUCUGGAUCGUCUCCACAUGUUCCUGCUGGGAAAGGGAUUUCCCCAGAUGCAGCCUCUGUGCACUGAAGACUGUGACCUUGGAUUUUUUUCCUGUGAAAACGAUGUCGCCUGCAGCCCACUUUGGCCCCCAGUCCUGGAGAAGAUGCUCUGCGCACCUGGCUGUACCACCUAUGGGCAAAAAUUUGCCAACGGGGCUGACCUUUGCGGCGCCGUGCUGGGCUACACCGCCCAGCGGAUGGCACCUCCCGGCUCCCAGCACUGCCCCGACUCGUCCACCCCGGCGCUGCCCCAUCAAGAACCACCCGAGACCCGGGGGACCAGCCUGGCGCUCUCCAGCCAUGGUGCCCCGGCCUGGCUCUGGGAUCCUGCGGGCAGCGGCGGCGGCAGCAGCAGCAGCGGCAGCGGCAGUGGCCACUAG